GCCCGCCCCUCACAGCCCCGAGGCAGUCCCAGUUCCGUGCUUCGGUCCAGACCGUCCCGACUUCCCGCAAGCUCUCUGAGUCUGCGUGCCUUCGGAUGACCCCCGGCCCCCACCAAACUUGGAAAGGAGCUUCUCUCCAGCGCCGUCUCACCAAGCACCUCGCGAUUUCUGCCAAUCAUGCCCCUCUCCGCUCCCCGAAGCCCCGCCCUCCUCAGUAACCACACCACAACAGUGAGCCUGGAGCAUCAAGGACAGAGCAGAGACCCCAGCAGGAGCCUGACGGGAUUGUCCACAAUGCCUGUGGGAGUCCAUCCAGCGAGCACCCGCUCAGAGGAUGGGAGUGAGGUCUUCCUGGAGGGACUCGCGGAUUGGGAGCUGAGCAGAUUGCAGCGACAGUGCAAAGUGAUGGAGGGCGAGAGGCGGGCCUACCUCAAGGGAAUCCACCAGCGCAUCAACAAACAACUUGGGGAGAUCCAGCACCUGCAGGAAGAGCGAGAUCUACUUCAGAAGCAGAUCAGUGUGGCCCAGAGCCAGGUCAAGCGACUGCGGGACAGAGAGAAGCUGAAGAACAUGGCCCACUUGCUGAAGUGCCGUACCCAUGUACAGGUGGAAAUUGAUGAGCUGCAGGAGCAGAUCAGCUCCCUGGACAAGGAGAUCCAGGAAAUGGAGACCCGGAUUUCUACUCAAGGUAAGGAUGUCAGAAACCCAGGAUUCUUCCUGGACCAGAAGGUCAAGAUCCAGCGAAGGAUCAAGAUUCUAGAAGACCAGCUGGACAGGGUCACCUGUCGCUUUGACAUCCAGCUGGUUCGGAAUUCGGCUCUUCGUGAGGAGCUGGACCUCCUGCGGAUCGAGAGGAACCGCUAUCUGAAUGUGCACAGCAAGUUGCAGAAGGAAGUCCAUCUCUUGCACCAGAUGCUUGGCAAGGUCAUGGUCUCUUCUACUGCAGCCUAUGCCGUCAGGGAGGAGGCCAAGACCAAGAUGGGGAUGCUGCGGGAGAGGGCGGACAAGGAGGUGACCCAGAACGAGACGGAGGGGCAGAUCCUGCAGCGCAGCAUCGCGCACCUGGAGCAGCUGCACUGCUUCCUCAAGCUCAAGAACAAUGAGCGGCAGCCAGAUGCGGCUGUCCUGGAGAAGCGUCAGAGGCAAGCCCAAGAGGUGGCCCAGGGUCUCCGAAAGACCUCCCAGGAGAGGCUGGUGCUGCGCUACGAGGACACGCUGAACAAACUGUCCCAGCUGACAGGGGAGAGUGACCUGGACCUGCUGGUGGACAAGUACCUGGAGAGGGAGGAGCGCAACUUCACAGAAUUCAACUUCAUCAACGAGCAGAACUCCAACCUGGAAUACCUGCGGGAGGAGAUCAAGGAGAUCCGGGAGGCACUGGUGAGGGGGCGUGCAGACAAGGACAAGAGGCGUCUGCUCCAAGAGCAGCGUGAGUUAGAAAUGCAGCAGCAGGCAGACAAGGUGCGUGAGGAGGCCAGGAACAUCGAGACUCACUUUCAGGACGUUCGGGGAAAGCUGGAGAAGCUCAAGGCUGACAUCCAGAAGCUCUUCACCACGGCCCAGUGUGACAGCAGCAGCAUCAAGGAUCUCCUGGGGAUCAAGAACUUCAUGCGAGACCGAGACAUCACCCUCUUCCUGGGCCUCAUUGAGAAACGGCUGGUGGAUCUCCUCACGGUGCAGGCCUUCCUUGACACCCAGAGCUACAGCCCUGAGAAACUGGAUCGGGCGGCCCUCCUGGUGCUGGGCCAGGACAUCGAGGAUGUGCCCAAGAAGAUGGCCCAUCCACGGCCCCCAAGCUACCUGGAGGAACACCCUGGGUUUGAAGCCAAAGAUGACUAUCCCUUGAGCAAGAAGGAGCUGCUGGGACAAGUGGAGAAGGCGCUGGAGGCCCGGGAGCAGCAUAAGGAGCUGACUGAGAACUUGAAGAAGGGGGACAGCACCCCAAGCCUCACUGGUAGCCGCCUGGGCUCAGGCACACCCAUGCUGGGCACCAGGAACCCCAGUAUUAUCCCCGGGUCCAUCUUGAGCCACAGGACUAGCAUCAUGCUGGCGUCCAGUGGAGGCCAUGCCUCCAGCUCCAAUAUUGGCCAUGUCACCUUUGAUGACCAAAAUGGCAGGCCCGUGUCCAGCCAUGCCUCCGUGGGGGGCCAUGUGACCUUCAGAGCCCCCAACUCUAGUAGCAACCUGGGCUCUACUGGAUACAUGGAGUCCAGCAGAGGCCAGGAAAGCCUUGCUGCCCCGGAGAGUAGAGGUGCAGGGUCAGAAUCAAGUGGAGGCCCAGAGUCUAGCAAGGGUCCCACCUCUAGCACCGCCCCGGGCUCCACCACCAGCAAGGACUCCCAGAGCAAGUAGCAGCCCUGGCCCUGGCCUGGCUUGGCGGGGCCCUGCUUGUCUCUCCAUCCCCCUCCUUCCCCAGCGGUUCCGUUUCUUUCCCAGUUCCGGCCUCUUUGGGCCCUGCAUGUGCCUUCAGCUCCCGUCCCUGGUGUCCCGGGACUGUCAUCGCCUCUCAUUUCUGCCUCCCUGUCUCCUGCUCUCUUGGUUUCCUGUUCAGUGGGCGGAACAUGCUCUCCCAGGCUCUGUUCUCCCCUCUCCAGCUGCGCCCACCUCUUGCUUCCCUCCUGACUCCCUGUCCUCACCUCCACCUCCAGACUCUUCCUGCACCUCAUGCCCCUAUCCCUGUAGCGCCUCGCUCUUUGUGGACCCCCAACCUCCCCACUACUGACCAGUGUCAGGGUCAGCCUGAGUGUGACCUAAGGAAAUAAGUCAGAACCUGGCUUUGGCCCCCACCUAGUGAUGAGCACCUAUUCGAGAGAGUAAGCCUUAAACAUGGCUGUUUCCUCUACCUCCAGCCUCAGGGAAAAUGAAUGAUCCUGUCCCCUCCCUCCCAUUCAGGCUCUUGUUUUCUGGAGAACUGUACUUUUCAGGCUCCUUGAUAGCUGUGAACUGGAUGGGUCAGGAUAGAUUGCAUUAUGCUGCAGUGACAAAUGCCCCAGGAUUAAUUCCUUGCCAUUCUUACUGGUUUCUUGCUGGUCAGCUAAGGACUCUGCUCACCACUAGUCCUGUGACAGCCCAGCCUGACAGCCAAGGCUGGAGAGUUUGUAUUUCCCCUCUCCCACCAUCCCUAUGUGCCUUUCUCCCACCCCCCUUCACCCCAGAACUCCCACAUUGUUUAUUAACAUCUGCUAGUUUUUGUAUUUUGCUUUGUCAAGUUGUUUGCUAUGUGAAUGGAGUGUUGCCCCUCUGCAACGACGAAAUGGCGAUGCCAGGGGGUGCUGAAAGCCUGGGCCUGCACACUGUGCACAUUCCUUCUCUUCCCGUUGCUGGCCAGAGCGGUCAUCUGACCAAGCCUGCCCAAGAGGCAAGCUUUGCACAUGUCUGCGAGGAGGAGGGCAGGAGUAUUUGUGCCUGGCCCCGGUCAGACAUGAGGCACAUCUGCACUUACCUGUUGUGGGAGGGAGAGGGGCCCGACCUGUCACUGAGCGCUGCCUCCUGGUGCUUGAAGCCAACCACGGUAAGACAGGUAAUCCAGCAUCUACCUUCCUAGUCCAGGCAGGUAGUGUGCUGAACUUCAUUCCCCAUAAAGGGGGCUGAUAUAUACAAACUUCAAGGGUUUUUUUGUCUUUUUUUUUUAAUGUGAGAAAGAUGAACUGAUAAGAGCAGAGCCUUAGGACGUGCAGAGCACACUGGGUGUAUAAUGAUGACUAGGAGGAUGGCAGCAAUGAAAAGGAACAUGUUGUUUUUUCACCUGUCAGAGAACCAAGUCUUCCUAUCUGCUUAUCUGACCCCAGCGUCUGGUGAGGCCUACUCAGUGCUUUGCUGGUAAAUGUCCAACAACUGACUUUUCAGGGGAAAAAAAAUCCUGUUACCAUAGCAUUUGCCUGUUUCUGUGAUGAUUACAGCAAAUGUUGUGAAUUUUUUUAAGCUUUAUUUUAUU